AUGGCAUCCCAGCAGCUGUGUGUGAGAUUGAUGGGGCUGGCUGUCCUGCUGACACUCUUUGCACUCAGAGCGGCCGGAGAAGGUGCUGCCCUCUCCAGGUCCUCCUUGGCCGCCCCCCCCUCCACAGCUCAGGGGUUUCUGUCGAAGCUGAGCCGCAGUAAGAGGAACCUGUGGGACCGCAGCAGGCCGGACGUGCAGCAGUGGAUCCAGCAGUUCAUGGACAUGGGCUUUGACGAGCAGAGGCUGGAGACCGACCUCUCCUACUGGAUGGACCAGGGUCGGCAGCACCAGUACGAUGAGAACGCUCCCAUCGGACCCCGGGACCACAGCUCCUACAGACACGGAGCCGAUGUCAACUACGACUACUAUUAA